GAAAAAAGGCGUCUCCAUGUCCCAUGAAGCUCUUGUUCCUAUACCGAUGUCCACUAAGCUUAAAAUCUCUCUGACGUAACGUUGCGCCAAUGUCAAGGUACACUACGGUAUAUUGCAACAGCAGCUGCUUCUUGUGGAAAACACCGAGGCGAACCACAUCACAUCCUCCAAAGCGACGGGAUGUACAUCCAACAAGAGAAUGUUUGGACAUCACAUCUACUAUACUUCCGACUAAUCACACACGGCACAAAUCGGCACAAAAAAUCAGAAACAACAGAAAUCAUAACAACAAAAGAGACAGACAAAGAAAAUCUCACGGGUCAGCCGUCGCAGAUUGUUCCAAUCCCUUUCAGCUUCCUUUCCGCUCCAACUGAACAAAAACAGUUUCAGAACAGCACAAGCAAAGAUGGGCUGGCUGCCGUGGGCUGGAAGGGGAUAGGACCUGUAGCGUUCCCACUUACUGCGUACUGCGUACGGAGGGUUACAUCCCUUCCAUCUUUUGGUGGCUUUUGGCGGUCCGAUCGAUAUCACGGCAUCCCAUGGCUUUUUUUUACAGCUUCUUCUUUGUCCAUUGUUUCUUGUUUCUGUUUCUUGACUUGAUCCAUGGAGGUUUGUUAGGGGUCAGCAUUCCCCAUUGUACUGCCCCGUCUACCUGAUCUGACGUACCUGACCUUAAUGGCGGCUGUGAUGUGGUGAUCCACCACCGAGUCUAGUCUUGUCAUCCAACCUAAUCCAUUUGGCGCUCGCUUGUUCGUUGCAUCGCAUCUCUCUCGCAUGUUUCUUUUUGGUGUACC